CGCCCCCCCCCCCCGAGGACUACAUUUCCCGACGGGCUUUUCAGGAACUUAAAGGAGAAAAAAGCGGGGGGCGUGGCGUGGCACUCGCUCGGAGGACGCCGCCUUAGAGGGAGGCCAGGCGCGAAGCGGAGCUCCUGAGUAGCGUCGUCGUCCUGCCAGCCAUGUCUGCCCUCGCCGGCUGUCGCCACCACCGCCCGCCCGCUCAAGGGCAGACGCGGAGCCGGGAUAUCCCUGGCCCCGCCAAGCGGCUGAUCCUGCCCGACGGGGUCCCGCUGCCCCCCGGCGACUACAGCACGACGCCCGGCGGCACCGUGUUCGGGACCACGCCGGGCGGUACACGCAUUAUUUACGACCGGAAAUUUUUAAUGCAGUGCCGCAACUCGCCAGUUGCCAAAACGCCACCUUGUGAUCUCCCGAACAUUCCAGGCGUUACAAGUCCAAAUGUAGAGGAGCUCCAGCCUGAGACCGAGCAGGUCCAUAUUGAAGAGGAGAAACUGGGUGUAGGUGAGGAAGCCCAGUUUGACAUGGAUAUCUGAAAACUAUCCUGAGAAUAUAUAUGUUUUGUUCCGGUGAAGACAAGAAAUCAGCAGUGCUUCCAAAACCAGUGAGACUUGUAGAAAACCUCCCACUUCACAGAGUUUUCUGGAUGGAAGGUCCGUUAAUUUUUUUUAUUGCUUUUUUUUUUUAACUGGGAGGAGGAGGUUUCCUCUUAUAUACAAGGACUGCAAAACACUGGCAGAUCCCUGUGUGGAGUGGAAAAGCUGCCAGUGAAAAGCGUUGGUAUGAGAAAGGCGGAACGCUCUCAUCUACUGUCUGUGCCUUUGUUCCUGAAUAUUGGCGCUCUUAAGACAAGGGACUGGGUGCAAGGGAAGAAAUAAAAUCAUGCUGGAUCCAGGGGCUUCAUAAAAUAGUGGGUGUCUCUUUAUUCACAUAGCUCUUCUUAUAUACAAAGUACUCUGCAAACUUUUAUGUCCUCACCCUCUCAAGAGGUGGGGAAGCUGAUACUUGGUACAGACAGUCAUUUCUGUAAACCAACAGAGUUACUUCCUCUCUUAGCUUUGCUUUAGUGAUAGUGCUGAUCCAACACUGGUCACUUGAUAACUGUACAAAUAGUAAGGGAGGAGGGAGUCUGGCUGCAAGUGGGGAAAGUGGUUGUUUAUUCCGUUUUCCAUUUUCUAACUUGUUUUCCAUUUUCUAACUUGCCACUUCCCCUAGUGGACUGGUGAAAUUGACUAGGUCCACAUUAGUGGGAUGGUGAAAUUGACUAGGUCAACUAAAACUUAUGAAAGUUCUGGAGAGGGCGAGUGUACAUUAUUUAAAAAAAAAAGAGAACUUCAAAAACCCAAAAAGCUUCUCAAUGUGGAAAGGUACUGCUGUUGGAGAGAAGGUAGCCUUGUUCCACUUCUUUUUUUUUAAAAGGCUACAUAAAUGUUCAUGCAGAUAAGUAGAGAUGUACACAAUCUUCACUGUACUUUAAAAAAAUAAAGAUUUUUUAAAAAAAUUUUGGUGGAAA